GAGAGAGAAAGACAGAGAGAGAGAGAGAGAGAGGCACAAACCCUAGAAUUGAGAUGGUAAGACUUUUUGUUCCUCCAAGUAUUUCAUCCUCACUUUUCUACCUAUAAAGCUAGGUCUUCUCUUCUGACAUUUUACCUCAACAGAAAUCAGAGACUGUUUCAUUUGGUUGGAGAAUUGGAGAAAAAGAAAACUAUCAAACAUAUAGAGAGAGAUAUAUAAAGAUGGGAAGAGCCCCAUGCUGUGACAAAGCCAAUGUUAAGAAGGGACCAUGGUCUCCUGAAGAAGAUGCAAAACUCAAGGCAUAUAUUGAGGAGUAUGGAACUGGUGGAAAUUGGAUUGCUCUUCCUCAGAAAAUUGGGCUUAAGAGAUGCGGAAAGAGUUGCAGACUCAGAUGGCUAAAUUACCUGCGACCUAAUCUCAAGCAUGGUGGAUUCAGUGAGGAAGAAGACAAUAUCAUCUGUAGCCUCUAUAUCAGUAUUGGCAGCAGGUGGUCUGUAAUAGCAGCCCAGCUGCCUGGAAGAACAGACAAUGAUAUUAAAAACUAUUGGAACACUAGAUUGAAGAAAAAGUUGCUCGGAAGGCGCAAAAAUUCUCGCAUGAACCGACCAUCUGCAAUUUCAGGUCAGGAUCCAAAAGAUGCAAAUGGUGGAGAGGAAAACAAUUAUUUGCAGAAUCUCAGCCGUUCUGCUCUGGAAAGACUUCAACUCCACAUGCAGCUUCAGAACCCUUUCUCUUUCUACAAUAAUCCUGCAUUUUGGCCCAAAUUGAAUCCCUUCCAAGACAAAAUGAUCCAAGGCCUCCAGUUUUUGAAUGACAGUAAUAAUCAAAAUUAUAUAAUUCAAGGAACAUCCAUCAGCCCUCAACAGGCUGCUGUAGAAUGCAGUACCAUAAGCAAUUUGAAGGCGGAAGAGCAUCAAAAUUCUGAAAAUGAGAGAAAUUUUCAAAGCUCAAAUUUUGUAGGGCAAUCU